UAGACAUUACUGCUGUUAAGCAAAGAGCCUGCGACGUGGAGGAGACGCUUUGCUCUUGAAUCAUGCCUCCCACGUUAACCUGCACGGCGUGCGCAGUUACGUUCUCGACGUCGGAUGCGCACAAGACCCACUACAAGCUCGACUGGCACAGGUACAACCUGCGGCGAAAAGUCGCCGGGCUUGCACCGGUGGAUCAGGGCGACUUCGACCGACGCCUCGCGGCUGCCCUUGGGUCGGACGCCCCUAAGGCGGACUUCCAAGCGAGAUGUUUGCAAUGCCGCAAGAGCUUCAGGAGUGAAGGCCUGUACAAGCAGCACCUCCAGUCCAAGAAGCACAAGGAAGCAGCAAAGCGCGCAGCAGCGGUAGCGAAACCGGCAGCGACGGCAGCAUCGCCAACCGAUGAUGCGGGUGGGGGCGCUGCCGCUUCCUCUGAACCGGCAGGCGCUGGUAACGAUGACGACGAUGAUGCUAUCCUUGAAGAAAGCGGCAAUGGCACUCGCAGUGCCGGUGCUUCGUCUGCGGUUGCGGCUGCUGCUUUGCCGUCGGAGAGCGGGUGUUGUGGCAGUGGUAGUCCCGAAAAGGGUGCGAUGUCAGAGGAGGAGGAGAAGGAGGAAGAGCUGGCGCCAGCCCCAAUGGGUCCCUGCGUGUGCAUCUUCUGCGACUUGGUGUCGCCGAGCUUCGAAGAGAACUGUGCCCACAUGCUUCGGCAGCACGGGUUUUUCAUCCCGGACGUGGAGUACUUGCAGGACCCGGAAGGGUUGAUCGCAUACGUGGAGGAGAAGGUGAAGCUGGGAUUCAUCUGCCUCUAUUGCAACGGGAAGGGAAAGACUUUCCACACUUACCGGGCGGUGCAGCAGCACAUGAUCGACCGGGCGCACUGCAAGCUUCUCUACGACGAGGAUGAGGACCUGCACGAGUACGAGUCGUUCUACGACUUCUCGGCCUCCUACUUGGACGCCGAGAAGAGCGGCCUCCUGGCGGCAAACGCCUCCGGGGCCGACGAUGCUGCCGCUGCUGCCGCCGCUGAAAACAGCGGAGAGGAAAGCGACGGCGAAACGGUCGAGGUUGCACGCACGCUCGGCGUUACGGAUCUGGGGGAGCUCGUCCUGCUGGACGGGAAAACCGUGGGAAACCGCAAGUGGAACAGGUAUUACAAGCAGAGGCUUCGCACCCCGGACGAGCGCGACGUGGUCAUGGCACAAAGGAGGGCAGCCAGGCUGCGGCUCGGGGCAAUGUACGACGACGAGAUGAAGAAGGGGACGUCGACGGGAGGGGCGGUGGCAUUGCAGCGCGGGGAAAGAAAAGCGUUCGGGGGCCUAUCAGGCGUGUCGCGGUCGAAGGACGUCAAGAUGCUGAGGGCGCACCAGCGGAGCCAGGCGCGGGAGAGGUUGAAAACCGAGAUUCGACAAAACAAGCUCAACAAAACCUUCGAUAGAGUUAGUGACAUGUAGAGGCCGGAGGCACUUGCUUGCGUUUGGCCGAAUCGUGGGUGGGGAGUGCGUUCGACGCAAAUGUGGGACGAGCUUGUUUUUUGUCGACAGGUCGUCGGCCAUAGGUGCGCCGGCAUGUAAUUGUGUUGUUCGAGAAGCUGCGCUGCUUGGAGAGCACGCGGUAUAUCGAGUUGUAGUGUAGUUAGGAUAUUGUCAGGACUUUGGUGAGGGAGAAAGGCACGCAUCCGAUGCGUUGCGGACGGGAAGGUGCGACAUGUUUUGUGGGUGUGGGGAUGGCGAGUAGUGCAUCAGUCGUGCGUCAGUUCUUGAAGACAUUGGUGUGACAUGUUUUUGCCCCCCCGGUACGCAUUUGAAACCAGAUGCCUAGAUCCUUUGGUUGACGGUCUGUCCGGCGAGGGUUUGAAAAAUUAGCGGUAAGUUAUUUUGGCCGUGGCGUACACACUGCAUCAGGAGACAUGUGGGGGCAACACGCGCCUUACGUCUGAGUCUGACUAGUGCCUCAACAAAGCGAGGGAGCCCUCGUCCCACCUUUUGGUUUUUGUGCUGAGCAGAAGCGGGGUGGGGAGGGUGUAGGGGGGCGGUCCUUGUCCAGUAGAUGCCCGGCCUUUUUCACGAAAAAUGAAAUAGUACCGCGUUGUUGAGGGCUUCCUUUGCGGUGUGAACCAGAGGUGCACAGCAAACGAUAACGAAAAAUUACGAACGAAAAAUCGACAGGGAAAAACCUGCGUUGCAAGUCAUGGGUCUUUGGAAAUUUGGAAAACGAACGACCAGCUUGCGCACCGACAAAUAUUUUGGUGGGGCACGCAACCGUUUCUCCUGUCACCGCAGCUUGAAGAGUUAAAUCCAACAAGGUCGUCACCCAACUCAUGUGUAUGCGUAAAGCGGGAAGCCACCCGAACCGCCGAAACCUGUGGGCGCUUCGUAUCAGUUUGGUGGUGCCUGCCACAAGAUCGUGCUCUCCUACCGUUUCUGCAAGAGUUGGGCAGCUCCUCGCAUCCACGACCGACCAAAAAGUCCGCGGCACCAAAGAGAGUGGUACCCUUAGGUUGUCCAAAAAUAACAUCGCCCGUCAUGAACAAGUUUUGGAUUCCAUGUCGUUCCUUCUUUCUCUCCUUACCCGACUGCACAAUGCAGCGAGUAAAACUACAUCCCUCUUCCUUCGAUGUUGCUUGUACUUCGCCAACACUGCAAAGCUACCCAUUGCUCCUCCGGGCCAUCUCGGACACCACGCCCGGUACCACCUACGGUUACCCACACUGCGACCCCCCCUCCCUCCCCCAAAAGCUUAAGCGCGCGGACACUCGCUCGCCAUUUUUUUUUUUCGUGGCUGAGUCACCCAGUUCCCAGGAUCGGAGCCGGGGGGGUAAAUAGCCACCCCCUAACACCACCGCCGUGUUCUGUUGUUGUUGUUGUUGCUGCUGCUGCCUUGUUGCUGUUUGAGGCGGGUUCAGAAUCCAAAGUGCACACCGGGCUGGGCCAACACACUCGGGUGCUCCUAAGGACUUCGCCCCCCUCUCGCCUACUCCUUCCUUCUCCGCACGACUCUCCUGUAGGACUUUUUCUAGGGGCGGGGGCCGACACCGAUGGUAGUUGUACUGGAUAGCUCUCUCACGGCUAACACAGCUACUACCCACCGGGCGGCACCCCUGCCUUCGGCAGCAAGACCGUCUCCGCCGUCCGCUCGGUAAGUGUUUGCUGCCAAGGACUCAACCCCCGAGUCUUUCGUGAGCAAAUUACAAGGCUGAAAGCCGUGGAUGGGCGGGGGGUCGUGCUGCUGAUGAGCCACGCUCCCGCCCCCCUCCCCCGACCGAGACCGUCUCUCGAAUCUCGCCCCCAAGGCUUCACCACGACCGUACAACAAGCCAAGCCUCUUUCGAAGAAUCGUAACCUGGUAACCGUGGUUCAGCCUCGCUGCUGCGGGGUUUCCACCUUGCAUCCGCCACGGCGACUCCAACUAUAGUUUUAGCCCCAACUAAACCCAGUAUCCCCUCCUUCGGGGUUACGAGUGGAAGGUGAAAAAACUCACGGGCUUGGUGGAGACUACUUAGUUUCUUCACACAAGAACGUACGCUUGUUUAGCACACGAACGAUAUGAACAAACUCACGGGCUUGGUUGUGAUGAACCAGCCCAAAUGUGUCUAGGCUCCGUGGCGCCGAAUACAGCAGACCCGCGUAAAUAUCGCCCCGCUUUUGAAAAGGACUCUGGUCACACCGCGACCGAUUCCGAAUGAUACUAUUUGACUCGCCCCGACCUGACCUACGACCGAAAGCAAAGUUACGACAGUCUUCCAACAUGCUAAAAAGAAGAGAACCAAAAAAAACGUUCCUCCUCCACCUUGCACUGCACUACCAUGUUUCCACUUGUCCGAGCUUGCUUGCUUGACCAUAACCAUAGCAAAAACGUCGGGAAAAACGAGAUCUGACGCCAGCGUAGUAGACCAGCGAGUACAGGUAACAACUGGCAGUCGAGCCCGGCCCAUGUGCCUGACUCUCCUCAGAAUGCCCAGAGAUCAUAAAACUAAAACAGUAAACCGAACGCGUGCCAAGACAUGGGUCGACCACACGCCCCAAGUCACUACUGCUGCUGUAUUCACAAUCUCGCCCAUGUAGUUGUGUCCCCGACAAGGUAUUGGACCGUUCCGACUGGCGAAAGACUCGGAAUUGUCGACCUGGCAAGGCAACACAUGAUGAGAGCGUGUGCGCUGGAGCCAGUACCUCAGAAAAGUGGAUAUGCAGGCAAGAUGCCAUUGACACCCCUCUCGCCCGAACGUGAUCGUUCAGAAGGUUCGAUCCUUCGGUGCCGGUGGAAAGAAGGACGUCGAUAGCAUGACCCCCCCCCCCCCCC